GCCAAGAAGAUGGAGCGCUGCACACUCCUCGCCCAGCCAGGGCUCGGGACCGCGGACACCAGCUGGGCACUCCUCUAUUUCCUCUGUUUCGUCCUCCCCUCGUCCGCCCCGCAAGUACUCAGGAUCGGAGGGAUUUUUGAAACUGUGGAAAAUGAACCUGUUAAUGUUGAAGAAUUAGCUUUCAAGUUUGCAGUCACCAGCAUUAACAGAAACCGAACCCUGAUGCCUAACACCACAUUAACCUAUGACAUCCAGAGAAUUAACCUUUUUGAUAGUUUUGAAGCCUCACGGAGAGCGUGUGACCAACUGGCUCUCGGUGUGGCUGCUCUCUUUGGUCCAUCCCAUAGUUCCUCCGUCAGUGCUGUACAGUCCAUUUGCAAUGCUCUCGAAGUUCCACACAUACAGACCCGCUGGAAACAUCCCUCGGUGGACAAUAAAGACUUGUUUUACAUCAACCUGUACCCAGAUUAUGCAGCUAUCAGCAGGGCCGUCCUGGAUUUGGUCCUUUAUUACAACUGGAAAACAGUGACGGUGGUGUAUGAAGACAGCACAGGUCUAAUUCGCCUGCAAGAGCUCAUCAAAGCUCCCUCCAGAUAUAACAUUAAAAUCAAAAUCCGCCAGCUGCCCUCUGGGAAUAAAGAUGCCAAGCCUUUACUCAAGGAGAUGAAGAAGGGCAAGGAGUUCUAUGUGAUAUUUGAUUGUUCACAUGAAACAGCUGCUGAAAUCCUUAAGCAGAUUCUGUUCAUGGGCAUGAUGACAGAGUACUACCACUAUUUUUUCACAACCCUGGACUUAUUUGCUUUAGAUCUGGAACUCUACAGGUAUAGCGGUGUAAAUAUGACUGGGUUUCGGCUGCUUAACAUUGACAACCCCCACGUGUCAUCCAUCAUUGAGAAGUGGUCCAUGGAGCGGUUGCAGGCCCCGCCCAGACCAGAGACUGGCCUUUUGGAUGGCAUGAUGACAACUGAAGCAGCCCUGAUGUAUGAUGCUGUGUACAUGGUUGCCAUUGCCUCCCACCGGGCCUCCCAGUUGACCGUCAGCUCCCUACAGUGUCAUCGGCACAAGCCGUGGCGCCUUGGACCCAGAUUUAUGAACCUGAUCAAAGAGGCUCAGUGGGAUGGCUUGACUGGGCGGAUCACCUUCAAUAAAACUGAUGGCUUAAGGAAAAAUUUUGAUCUGGACAUUAUUAGUCUCAAAGAGGAGGGAACUGAAAAGGCUGCUGGCGAAGUGUCUAAGCACUUGUAUAAAGUGUGGAAGAAGAUUGGGAUUUGGAACUCCAACAGUGGGCUUAACAUGACGGAGGGCAACAAAGACCGGUCCAACAAUAUCACUGAUUCACUAGCCAACAGAACUCUCAUCGUCACCACUAUUCUGGAAGAGCCUUAUGUGAUGUACAAGAAAUCGGAUAAGCCCCUAUAUGGAAAUGACAGAUUUGAAGGGUAUUGCCUGGACCUAUUGAAAGAAUUGUCAAACAUCCUGGGUUUCAUUUAUGAUGUUAAACUAGUCCCUGAUGGCAAAUAUGGAGCCCAGAAUGACAAAGGAGAGUGGAAUGGGAUGGUCAAAGAGCUCAUAGAUCACAAGGCUGACCUGGCAGUGGCUCCUCUUACCAUCACCUAUGUACGGGAGAAAGUCAUUGACUUCUCGAAGCCCUUCAUGACCCUGGGCAUCAGCAUUCUCUACCGGAAGCCCAAUGGGACUAACCCGGGUGUCUUCUCCUUCCUCAACCCCCUGUCACCAGAUAUUUGGAUGUAUGUGCUCUUAGCCUGCUUGGGAGUCAGUUGUGUACUCUUUGUGAUUGCAAGGUUUACACCCUACGAGUGGUAUAACCCCCACCCAUGCAACCCUGACUCAGACGUGGUGGAAAACAAUUUUACUUUACUGAAUAGUUUCUGGUUUGGAGUUGGAGCUCUCAUGCAGCAAGGAUCAGAGCUGAUGCCCAAAGCUCUAUCGACCAGAAUAGUUGGAGGAAUUUGGUGGUUUUUCACCCUAAUCAUCAUUUCAUCCUACACUGCCAAUCUGGCUGCCUUCUUAACAGUAGAGAGAAUGGAAUCCCCCAUAGACUCAGCAGAUGAUCUGGCAAAGCAAACCAAGAUAGAAUAUGGGGCAGUCAGAGAUGGAUCAACAAUGACCUUCUUCAAGAAAUCGAAAAUAUCCACUUAUGAGAAGAUGUGGGCAUUUAUGAGCAGCCGACAGCAGACAGCCCUGGUAAAAAACAAUGACGAGGGCAUACAGAGAGUGCUCACCACGGACUAUGCUUUGCUGAUGGAGUCCACUAGCAUCGAGUAUGUUACACAGAGAAACUGCAACCUCACUCAGAUCGGGGGCCUCAUUGACUCCAAAGGUUACGGAGUAGGAACACCUAUCGGCUCUCCUUACCGGGAUAAAAUCACAAUUGCUAUUCUUCAACUACAAGAAGAAGGGAAGCUGCAUAUGAUGAAAGAGAAAUGGUGGCGAGGGAACGGCUGCCCUGAGGAAGACAACAAAGAAGCCAGUGCUCUGGGAGUGGAAAAUAUUGGGGGCAUCUUUAUUGUUCUGGCUGCCGGACUGGUCCUUUCUGUGUUUGUAGCCAUUGGAGAAUUUAUAUACAAAUCACGGAAGAACAACGAUGUUGAACAGGCUUUUUGUUUCUUUUAUGGACUGCAAUGUAAGCAAACCCAUCCAACCAACUCCACCUCUGGAACCACUUUAUCUACGGAUUUAGAAUGUGGCAAAUUAAUUCGAGAGGAGAGAGGGAUUCGGACACAGUCCUCAGUUCAUACUGUGUAAUCAGUUAAAAAAAAAAAGGUUUGCCCAUUAGAAAUUGUUAACUGAUAAUUACUGUUGUUGAUAUUCUCUGUCUCCACUAAGCACAGAUGACCACAACUCCCUAUCCCUCCAGGAUAGCAAAACUCAUAUUCUCUAGACUUUGAAUUCAAGGCACUAGCAAUUGAUAUACACUGUAUGUAGAAGUAGGGGCAUCCUCAAGGAACUCCUACAUAUGUGUAUUUACAGAAAUCUGCUCUGUCCUAAAGAGUCAUCUUAGGUCCAUCUUCAUGCAUUAAAAAUGAGCAACUCCGUCCUCAUGAAAAAGGAGAUUCAGAGUUUCAACCGUGCAAAGCAUGAAAACAAAAUGCUAAAAUCUGUGGACUUUCAUCUUUGUGAAUUUCUCCCCUUCCUCUUUCCUUCUCCUUUUCUCACAUUUCUGAAGAUCCACUCAUUUUCAAAGUACCCAAAGCCCUUAUCUUUUCAGUAAGUACAUACCUAACUCCAUAACAAUGUUAAUUUUUAAUUCAAAUUGAUUCCACUAUUUAAAAUGUAUUAUUUACACAAAGACUCAAAGGUGUCUUAGAUUUUAAAGAUUCAAAAAUCAUGAUCCAGAGAAAGAGAAACUAAACCUGAAACUUCUAGUUUCAAUUCAGAAGAGCAUUAGCUAAAUUCAGCCUUUACUCUGGGACACACAGCACCAUUAACAAUGAUUCCUGGGCAGAAAUGCACUGAUGUCCAGCUCUCAGACAAUAGUUCCUUGUAGAGUUAAACAAUCUUCUGUAGAUUCUAAGAUUCUAGAUUCUAAGGAACAGUGAUUUUUUUUUAAGCGAUGUGUUAUUUCCCUGAAGAUCCAAACAAAGGUCUAAGCUAUGAACUAAUUCAUAGCAUCUCCUGUUUACUUCACACUUGGCCUCACUCUUUGCACUGAUGAACGUCUUUCCUUCCCACUGUCCCAGGGUAGAGUGAUUGUUCUUGGAGCAAUCUUUUCUGCACAUUGCCACAUUCACCCUUGUUUCUCUGGACCCAUCACCAUUAUUAAUUCAUUCCAAGUGUGUUGGAGAGAAGGGCAAGGAAGAGAAAAUAGAGGAAAGAAUUUCCAUACGUAUUAGUUACAGACCUCUGUGGAUUUAUUUCCCACCUGCAUUCAAAGUGCUGUAAAUAAUCCCCACACUAACUCAACUUGGUGACACAGAAAGCCCAUUGCAUGCUUAAUUUGUUGCGACAGAGAAUGUCUGCUACUCCCUCGGGGCUUGUUUCCCCUUCACAUGAGUAGGGGCACUGAAGAUGUCUUUCAUCUUCCCUCAAUAUGGGAUCAGCUGGUUUUGUUUCCUUAAUGAAAUUACCUUAGGAUAUGCAGAUGGUCCCCUAAAACACAUUCCUCAGGAGCAGAGACAUGAUGUCUGUGAGAUUUGGGGGCAUUGCUUUCUCUUUGCUUAGCUUUAAAUGAUCUCCAGUUUUUUCAUCUUCAGUCUCUCCAGCCCACCCUGUAUUUCUCCAGUAACACAUGUUCAAGAAAGUCGACUAUUGUCCUGGUUCCUUCUUAGCCUUUUUAUGUACUUUUAUGAAGAUAUCUGCAAAUUGCACUAAUAGUUAUUUACUGUUAUUGAAGUAGAAAAACUUAGUGUUUGUCCCAGGUUAGAACUCCUGCUUUCAUAACCAAUAGAAUCAGUUGUUGAAAUAAUUACAUUAUUACAUUCAUCUUAGUUUCAUAUUUCAUUGAUUCAAUAUAGAAAAACUAUGAACUACAUCAUUUUAUUAGUCUCAGGACAAUUUAAUGUCCCAAAAUACUACCAAAAUGUUAAAGUAUUCCAGGGCGAUUGAUGAUGUAUAGACAAUCAGCGUUAACAGUGACUAACAAAAAUUGCCUUUCUACAGAUAUCAUCUUUUAAAAGUAUAAUUAGAAGAUUCAGAGAAAAAAAUGACCCCUUGCAAAAAUUAAUAUUUGUAUACAACUUUUGACUGUAUAUCACUUGAUUUUAUAAUUACAUACUAUUUUAUGUCUGUCAAAAGGUUUUUAUGCAUGUAAUUAUAUUUGAUGCUUUCAACAAUUUAAUUGAAGUUCACUACGAGAGAAAUAGAUAUCAGUAAGAUAGAAUCACAGACUUCAGACUCUGAGGAGAAUUUUCUAAGUCAGCCAAACUUAAAUUCUAAGUUGUAGUAAGAACAUUACUGAAUUCCUCAGAGUUUGGUUUUCUCAGCAUGUAGUACUAGAACAUCAUUUCUAGCAUAUAAAAUUGUUUUUGAAGGAGUAUUUUUUUAAAUGGGUUCCACUGGCAAACAUUUUUCAAAUAAGAUUUUCGUAGUUUAAUAACUGAUAGAUCAUCACAAGAAACAUUCCUUACUGCAUGAUAUCUCCAUGCAUUUAUUGCACUAAGGAUUUCCAAAAAGACAGAAUAUAAUUCAGCAUUUUCCAAGCCUAUUAGGUCACAAACCCUUUUUUCCUAAAGCAUCUUGAUACUCCCAGGUUCUGCAGGACAUCUUCACGAGAACACUGGUAUGAUCAUAAAUAUCUCAUCUUGGGAUAAUGUAUAAAACAGUUAGCACUGUGCCUGGCACAUAAUAGCUAUUCAAUAAAUGAUAUUUACUAUUUGGAGUAAAAUUUUAAUUUCUCUGAUCUUCAAUUUUUCUUUUAAAUUAUGUGAUACUAUUGACUUUACACAUUUUCAAUGAGACGUAAAUGAAAUAACAUUAUGACAUUAAAAAUGAAAUCAUUUAUGAAAGUACUACUAAUAAAUAUUGGUUCCUUCUAGAGAAAAUAGUGUUGCUCUCUGGUUAUGUGGGCAGUAAGUAGAAUUUAUCAAGUAUCUGAAAACAGAACUUGGUUUAGAAAAAAAGCUUACUAAUGUAGAAAUUCAAACUCUGUCUGUAAGAUCAAGUUCCUUUGCACAAGCAAUAAAAAUCAAUGUCAAGAUCACUGUGCUGAAGAGAAGGACUCAAAUUGGCAAUAUAUUAUGAUCUCUACUGGAGGUUCUGUAUCUCAUCUCUAGAAAUUCUGACUUAAUUAGUUGGGCUAAGACAAUAGCAGAGUUGUUUUUGGUUUGUUGUUGUUGUUCACAUGUCCAGUUAAUUCCAAUGUACAGGAAGAUCUGAGAAUCCAUAACCUGAAGCAUAAAUUUAUGCUUAUAAUUGGAGCUCAACAAAUCAUUGCUCUUUAUAAAUUUAUUAAGUCUAAAGGUAGAACCAUUAAUUCCAAGUAAUUUACAUAACACACAUGUAACAUUCAAUAAUCAAUGGACUUUUUCCUUGGAAAAUUCAAGAAGAGACUGCAUAGCCUUGAGAGAGAAAUUUCAUGAACCGAUAAUCUGCAUGUUUAGUUGUGAAAUAUAGGAUUUGCCCUACUCAAAAUUAUCAAGUGUAUACUUAUUGCUCGCUCGUUCUCGCUCUCUCUCUCUCUCUGCCCCUUUCUCCCUUGAGUAACCUCAGUUAGUUUCAGGUACCCAUGUUCUUUAUACUCUCCUUUUUGUUCUUUUAUUCUACCACUGAAAAAGCCCAUUCUUGCUAUCAUGUAAAUGAUUAAUAAAAUGACAAUGACCUCUCGCCCUCUCACCCAGAAGUCAUCGUAUUGCACAAGAAAUUUAGGAAAAAAAAGUCUUGAACAUGAAAGAAUUUCAAAUUCUGUGUCUGCAUCAUUACUUCCCAGACAUUGGUGUAAAUCAGAAUCACCUGAGGAAACUAAACUACAGUUCACUGAUUCUACUUCCUGACCCACUUUCUCAGUCGCUACAGUCUAGUAAUCUUCAUUUUCAGUAGACACAGAAAAUUAAUGCUUACAACAUAGCAAUUUUCACAAAAAUUAGAAUGAAUAUAAGUUUUAUCUAAAACUAGGUAAUGUACCUGAGCCUUUCUAAAAUUACCUUCACCACAAUGGUGUUUUUUUAAAAAACAGUUUUUCUCACAUGAAAAUUUUCUCAAUAGUCCUAAAUACAAUUGCUUUACUUAAAAAUAGUUAGAAAACAUGAAUUUUUACUUAAACUAGUUUGAAUGUGCAGUUUUACUUCAAAUCAGCUGGUAAGCCUGAAUUCUUAUUAAACAGCAGGUCAUCUGUGGAUCACACUUUGUAAAAUAUUGUUUAAGGUUAGCAAGAGAAUAAAGAAGUAUUAAAAGACUGAACAAUGAAUUACAUGUUGUAUAAUUUAUUUCCUAAUAAAUCUGUCUUUAACAUGAUAGAGGAAGACAUAAAGCUGUAUAUUUCUACUUUAUUUCAGAUUAUAACUGUACAUUAAUUACCUUAGAGUUUCUCUACAAAUUGGAAUUACCUAAGGACUGAAUGGUGGCUGGGAAUGCUGUUAGGAAAAUAAGCUUAGUCAUAUGAUUAUAAACCUACCACAGGAAAAUCACUCCCAAAAACCUCACUGCAAUUAACUGGCAUUGUGUUAUAUUUUAUAUGAGCCGCGUAUGGUAAAAUAGUACCACAAUAAUCUCAAUUAGUUUUCAAGCACAUGAGCCUUCUACUACAAGGUAUGUUCCUAGGAAGCAAUUUAAAAGUAGCCUGUACAGCCUUUAAAAGCAAAAGGAAAGCAAAGCACUUGUAUUAUUGUACUAUUUUCUGCACAUCUAACUGUGCCAAAUGGCAUUAUUAAUUAACUCUUACAGGAAAUGAAAAAUUUCUGCUUGGUGCUGCAGUUUUAACUCGCCUUUAGGAACCAUCUCAUUAUGCGCCUCACAGUUAUGGAAUUUUAUGUCCAGAUGCAUAAGCAUAUUAAAAUUAUAUUUGCUUUCAAAAUUCUCCCCACAGAGAUUGGUAUCACAGAGAAUGCGAUUCUUGCUCGAAUUUUUAAAUGAUUUCUGUUUGCAAACAUGAGGGCAUUCUUGGGACAGAAAGUUAACAUCAAAAAUGCAUUGUGUGGUUUUGCACCAUGGAGAAUCUGAACUUUGUUGCUGUAGACACAAAUACAGCUAAUGAACCAAAUUACACAACUUGUGUUCAUGUCAUAAUGUGAAUAGACACAAAAGUAGUGAGACCUACCUGAAAGAUGAAAUGAAGUAACAGAACUCCUUACUGGCAAUUAAAAAAAUUAACGACCAGAAUUGUCUUUCUGUUCAGUUUUCAACUAUAUGGAGAAUACUCAGACAUAAAAGAUUCAAAUAUUUAGAUUUGUCAGCUUCACAAAAGAAGGCUACCCUAAUCAGUCUGUACCAACCUUAAAAACUAAGAAACUACUGUCUGAAGAUAAUUUGCUCAAAUUUGGUAUAUUUUCAGAUAAUUGAGGUGUAUGAAGCUCCCCUUUUUCUGUGGUCUGAUCAACUUAUUUAGUAAGUGACAUGCAGAAGUCUCUUUAAUCAAGUUAUUUUUAUAAUUGUGCAAAGAGUAUUUCCUUUACCUGGAAGUCCAAACAUUCAUUAGUUAUCAGUGAUGCCAGGAAGCAACUUAAAUCCAUUUGGAAUUCACUUUUAUAAACAUUAUCCUUCCUGUACAAGUUGAUACUGUCUUACAAAGCACACAGACUCUAAAAGAUGUGUGUACCACCAGACAGGUGACAUAGGAAUUAGAAGCCAAGAAUUUAAGUCUUCAUACUGUUGCUAAAUGGCAAAGGCAGAUUGAAAAAUCUCAUUUUCUUCAUUGGUGGAAUCAGGAGGGUACAUUUGAAGUUCUCUUUCAAUCACGAUAUUUUUAAAAAUCUAGUAGAAAUAGAAAGGAAAUAAAAAUACAAAAGCAAUGAAAAUAAAAACUUUUGUUGAUCGAUCUUUUCUAUGGUCAUGUAUCUCUGUCAAACAGAUUAAAUUCUUAUUCCAAUAAAUAGAAUUACUUUGCCCUGACAACAAUUUAAGGUAGAACAACCUGCUCUUGACACAGAGAAAAUGGCACAACAGCCAUUAUAGCCUCCAGGAGCAAGAGGGUGCCCUUCCAAUGAGUUAGAAACAAAUCAUUGCAAACACCUUGAAAGUUACAAAAGUGGAGUAGUUUUUUGACUUUGCUGAAGUUAAAAAAAAAGUGGUGUUUUUUGACUUUGUUGAGAGGAUGAUCCUACAGAUUAGAUUUUUUUAAAAAGUGUGUACCUAGGAAGCUAGCCAAAGCUGUCCAACUGGUUAUAUAUUCACAAUUCAGGAAAGGCAGAGAUAAAUGGGGCUGGAGCAGAAAACAAAACUCCAUUCUGUAAAUGGAGCUGAAGCAAUUCUGCUUAACAUAGACAGGAGAAACAAAGGGAAAGAACAACAUGCACUUAUUUUCCACUAUUUUUUUUUUAACCCUGCCUUUCUCCCUAUCAUCAGGCACUGCAUUUUUCUACAAACCACCUCCAGGCUAAAAGUGAGUUAACACUCAACUUUUGAAUUAUAUGUCAUCUUUGCCAAUUUUUCAGACAGAUAGAAAUCUUGAAAACCAUGGUUUCAAUGGUAAGAUCCAGAUGUUGUAUUGAGUUGGUUAGUUGUUUAAUUCAAAAAAUUUAUCUAUAAUUAGCAAUAGCCAUAACCCAGCUUGUUAAACUUGGGAAAAUACAGAUGAUUUAUUUUCUUACCUUCUUUUCCGACCCCAGACCAAAUUUUUUAAUUACUAUUAAAAAAGACAACUGGGGGCAAGUCAUAAAUGAUUACAUGUUACCUGAGUCCUUAAAAGAAGCCUAAUGACCAUCCCUGAGUCCAUUCCAAAGAAAGAUAAAGGAAAAUAGAUGUCCUUGCUCCACAGAAUGUAGCCCAGGAGGUAUCAAGACUUGGAGAGAAGUCUUACACCCAAGUGUCUACUGAAUGACAAAAUAAAAGUAUCUAAGUAGUAGCCUGGGAAAACUUCACAGGAUCUUCCUGAAUCCCAGAGAAUGCCAGGAAAAACACAGAAAUCCAAAUCCACAGCUUUUCCCACCUAAAAGCCUUGUGGAAGGGCUGAGAGAAUCAAUAAUCUGGAAUACUAGAGGUUGGAGGCAAAAAACAGUAUAUGGACUUCACAUGGCAAUGGUGGGACCUUGGGCAUCUCAAGGGACACAGCAGAGACAAAGACCAGGGUCUAUGAUCUGGUAGGAUCUCAUAUCCCAGUGGAAGCCAAAGAUAGAUAGUAGCCAUGGACCAGUACUCCUGGUGAUAUCGGAAUUUGGCCCCCUAAAAUACACAGAAUGUGGCCCCUUAAAGUUCCCCAAAAGUCCCAUCUGCGGUGCCAAAUAUGAUACAGGAAUUUGGGGUGCCAUAUGAUAUCACCAUAUGCUUAUUAAUAAAUUCCUAAUAUUAAUAAGCCCAUGUGGGUUCUUGCCUAAUAUUUAGAGAAUUCUGAAUACCAGCAUAAAUGACCGAGGCAGCAUGGUUCAUUUUUAAGCUUUUAUUCAGUGCAAAAGAUGCAUAGGAGAGUGAGAGCUUUAUCUAUGAAAGAGAGGUAGAUCUAGGUUCAUACUGAGUACCAGGAACCAGCCACAUGGAGGAGCAUCUAGGCCAGCAAGCAUGGGGCAAGGUGGCCUGAAGGCCACGCACCCUGGAAGCACAAUGCUGCAGCCAGCCCCGUACUGGCAAGAGGCCAGGGAAAGGAAAAAGUGUGGACACACCGUGUCCCAGGCUUUUAAUCCACUUUCAAAGGGGAGUGGUCAAUUAACCUGAUUGUCCGGUGAACACUCAGUGUGACCAGGUAAGGGCAUGAGGUCACACAGGGGCGUGGUAAAGGCAUGGUCUUCCAGCUCACAAACCUCAUAAAUUUUAACCUGUAUGCCCGCCUACUUCACUGGGACCUCUGGAACCUUUCCUCAUCCUAUAUUGCCCUCAGAAAGAAAAGAACAAGUAAGGUAGAGGAGAGAACAAUGUUAAAGUAGUCAUUAGCCAGCCAAAAGACAAUAUUUUAAACCAAAAUUGAAUAUUCUUGAGUUUACAAGAUCUACAAGCAGAGGAGGGGACAUCUGAGUUGAGUUCAGUUAUUUAGAGAAGAAGCACGACUUCCCCCAAGGACUCUCUAUAUUAGUUGUCCCUAGUGUACCAAGUACACUACAUGCCUUAUGGACAACUAAAACUCUACAUCAGGCUUAAUUUACCUGGAGGUAAGGAACAUUCCCUUUAGGACAAGGGGCAGACUACAAAUUUAUGGGAAGCUAUUUUUAUGGCCCUGCUUACCCUCUGAGCUGCUAAAUUGGAGUAGGUCCUUGUCAUAAUAAAGACAAGGGAAGACAAUCCUUACAGAAUAAUCUCAGGGCUUCAGUGCAGGACAUCAGAGAUAAAUAAGAGGACCAGGGACAAAGUCACACUGGCCCCUGACAGUAACUCCAGAAAAUACAAAAGCACUAUGGGAGUUUUGAAUUGAAAUUCAUAUUCCUGCCAUUUGUUAGCCAAGAAAUUUGCUUUCCUCUGGCUCAACUGACAGUUAUCCUCAUUGCAGAAAUAUCUGACCUACUUGGGCAGACCACUUUGCGUCCCCCUCUUCAAACCCAUCUGCCAUAUUUGUGUUUGUUCUGGAGCACGGAGGAGUUUCAGCUGCCCUGCAGUGAGAUUGAGAAGCUCUGAGAGACUCAAUAGACAGUCUUGGCCUGGCCUGAGGAUAGGCCCUGAUGACAUUUCUCUUCAGGAGUCACUGCCUUCUCUGAGAGAUUAAGACAGAACGGCGAUAGGAUUUCUCUGUGUUCUCUGCCUUCCUUCCUCCAUCUAUCAGGCUGUUUUAUCCCAAGGAAUGUGACCCUAACAGGACCUAAAUGACAGAUGAGAGGGCAAUUCUUGGGUGCUCACAGCAUUUGGAUAAAGCUGUGGUUCUCACAUGGUUGGACUUUCCUCCUUGGUAGAAGACACACAUCAAUUCUAUCUUCACUCUAUAAUGAACCCUGUAGUCUGUGUUCUCAAAGGUCUAUAUUUGAUAUUUAAUGUCAAACUUGCAGAAUUCAAAGCACCAGCUUUUUCCUUCUUUCAAAUACCUGGCUAUAUAAUUAAUAGCUUCAAAGACUGAGAUGUCUUCUGUAGAUCCACAAAAGGCUAUUUAAGAGUUCAAAGCUUCAAAUUUGAUUCUUCUUUUUUCUUCCUAUAGCAUCCCAACCUUGAGGGCAAUGCAUAUAAAGCCCUCACUGCAACUUUACAAGUGGGGCAAAGGUUGGAAUUUAGAAUUGGAAGAGAACAUAUGGAUCAAUAUCAAAAUGUUUAGGUGUCUCAAUGUGAGUCCCAUUUUUCAAAGCUUUCCAUGAAAUUAUCCUUAAUGUUAGAAGAGAAUGAGACUACAGUCCCCUCCCCCUUGAGAUUUUGGGUUGGACACCACUGGACAGCUACCCCAUGUGAAUAAUUUCUUUUAAGAAUUCUUGGAAAAAUGAAAAUCAAAAUCAACAUGGACGAUGCAUGCCAUUCCAUAAUACAUUUAUCUUAAUAGGCAAACAGGUUUCUAAAAGAAAUCUCUAAAUAAAAGUGAAUCAGAAAGGGAAUCUUUGUAUAUCCCAUAUCAUCAAGCAAUAUUGUGGCCCCCAUAGGUAAUUUUUUAUGGUUUGAAGAAUUCAAAUAAGGGAACAAGGAAUUCUAGCAUAUGCAUUCAUGCAAAUAGAAAAACUUAAAUCUAGCAUCUGAGAAGGUGAAACUGUUGACACUAGAUCCCAGGGAUGGGAAAAAAAAUGAAAUAGGGAGAAGAGAUGACACUAAAGUGGUGAAAAUAUGACAUUAAAAGAGCUAGAAAAAUGAGCCAGACGACUCUACAGGUUACAGCCAAAGGAAGGGAAGAUAAAAGCUUUCAUGUAGGCUUACCUAUUGGGUUUAAAGCCUUGGAGGUACAGGGAAAUGAGGUGAUCCAGUAGGGGCUGUGAAUCAGAGGUUGGGAUAUGAGUGCAUGAACACCCUGGGAAGUUUUAUCUCAGUGUUUAGAUUUCCUCCAUCCCAAGGUUCUUGGCAGAGACACCAGUGAUGAAUUUCAGCUCCCCUAUUAGUGCCCAGAUACAAAUCAAAAUAAAUACUAUUCUGGAAGUUAAUAAAAUGUAUAUUCAUACUCAAUGUGUAUGAUCCAGUUCUUAAAAAUUCCAAGGAUAGGGGCAUGACAGAUGGCCUAUGGAUACUGUAUAAACCCAGAAAAACCAGAGCAAAUGAUGCCCAAUCCUAGUUCUAGAAUGCAAGAACUUUACACAAAAAUAGUGCACAUAUAAAUAUUCCAAGAAUCUUCCUCAAGGGACCUUCCCAUAAUUGGUGUGGAAUGAUUGAAACCUGAGCUGAACUUCAGAUCAUCAAUUAUACCAUGAAGAAGCAAAUUCUGGGUGCAGUUAAAUGACACCAAAGUCUCAUAUGAAUAAAAUUUUUCUUCCAUUAUUCCUUAAUGUUUCCUGACUGUAGGCCCAAAACAUGUAGAUUUAUUCCCACAUUACAUUUUGAAGCUAAAAAAUGUUGAAGAUAUUAGUGUUUAGUUAAAAAAAAUCUUUGAGACACUGAUUCCAUGGAAUUAUGGCAAUAAUUUAACCAAACCAAGAAAAUAAUAAUAAUAGUAGUAAUAAUCCCAUUAUUUCUCAUAAAUCUAUUCCCUUGAUAUUCUAUAUUUUACUGAAAAUGGUCUUCCAAAGGCUUCAAAUCAUAGCUUACUUUCAAAUUAUAAGUGGUCUUACAUGAAAUAACGGAUCUUACAUCUAUAAAAUGAUGACAGUAUUGCAUGCAUUCAUCUCUUUCAUAAGUAAUAUGAAAAUUUAUUAGACAAUGUCACAGAGUGCUUCAAAUGUCUUUGAACAGGAGUCUGGCAAAUUAAAGGAGAAACCUACACAAAAUGUAAGUUUCAUAUUAGAUUAUUGGCUAGGACAGAACUUCUUGAAAGCAGUAAGGAAAUUUCUUAAAGGUACCUGUACCCAAAGCAGUUCUUCAAAAUGUUCACCUAAAUGCACCAGUGAAUGGAGUAACUGAAUGCAGUCAUGAGAAAUUGACAGUAAGAUAUCAAUUUGGCAUUCACAAUCUGAUGCCAAGUUUGCAAGCAGUAAGAAACCCAACCUCAGAAAUAUUAAUUUUUUAGCGACUGAAAAAUCAGGUCAAAUUGUAGCAGAAUUUUCCCUUCAACUUUUUAAAAAAUUUUGUAUUAAUAUAAAGUGAACAGAUAUCAUAUAUUUCAUAGAUACAAUUCUAAACAGAUAACCUCUCUCCCUCCCCUGUAACUUUUUUUUAAGUUCUCUUCUCCUGGACCAUUAACUUCUGAGACUACAUAUUUAGGUACAAAAUAGAAAGAACAUUAUUGGACCUUCCACCACUUCUAGGGUAACAGUUGCAACAAGAAGAUAAGGAGAGAAGAUAUAAUUUAUAUUCAGGCUCAAGCUAAUAACAAGAAAUCACAUAUCUGGGGUUAAUCCAAAGGAGGUGCAGUCAACAGUUAGAAAGAGAAGCCAAAGGGGAGGGUGAAAGAAAGCAAAAGGAGGCAGAAGGUAAGGAAAAGGAACCCAUGAGGGACACAGCACGUGCCUGGAAGAAGCCAAAGGAAAUGACUUUCUGCAAAACCCAGGCGAACAAGAAAAUUUCUCUUCCUGGAGGGGGAGGGGUGCAGUUCUAGUGGAAGUUCCAGGUGCAGUCUCUGCAGCUCGCUUCCAUUUCUUAAUUUCCAUUCCUGUAACAGAAAAGUCUCUCACACAGACUCACACACAUGUUCACACACACACACACACACACACCCCACUUUUGGCUGUGUCAGGAGCAGUAUAAAUGAUACUAUUAUACAUUAUUCCUGUAAAUCCGUAUGUUUGUGAAUUUCCCAUCACACAUCAUCGCAGGGAUUCUUUAAAACAGGUUCAUAAACAGAGAUGUUAUUUUUUAAAUGACAAUAGGAUCAAAGUUAGCUUUUAUUUCCUUCUCAUGUUUGAGCACCUAUCCUUCAUAAGCAUCACACAAGCUGUCAUAAUGCCUGCUAUUCAUUAAACUUCGAAAUGUGUUAUGGAUUGGCCAAAACAAGUAAUAGCAGGUGUUGAAAUUUUAUGAUUUUAACUGAAACACUGGUAUAAACAACACAGAAAUUGUUAAGUAGAGCAAAUUCAUGAAAUAAAAUCAGUGAGUGCUGGGCCUCACUGCAGCUCACUUGGCUAAUCCUCCGCCUGCAGCGCCGGCACCCGGGUUCUAGUCUCGGUUGGGGCACCGGAUUCUGUCCCGGUUGCUCCUCUUCCAGGCCAGCUCUCUGCUGUGGCCCGGGAGUGCAGUGGAGGAUGGCCCAAGUGCUUGGGCCCUGCACCCCAUGGGAGACCAGGAUAAGUACCUGGCUCCUGUCUUCGGAUCAGCGUGGUGCACUUAGAGGGUGAACCAACAGAAAGGAAGACCUUUCUCUCUGUAUCUCUCUCUCUCUCUCACUGUCUAACUCUGCCUGUCAAAAAAAAAAAAAAAAAGAAAGAAAAAAAAAAAGAAAAAUCAGUGAAUGCCACAGAGUUAAAUAUUUUCACUGUGAUGUAUAAAAUCUUAUUUUGAAUAAAAAGCAUAAUUAUACUUUGCCAAGUAUUGAGCUGCAUAUUUUAUAUAUAUCAGCUCAUCGAAUUCUCAUAAUCACUCUAGGAAAAGGGUUCUACAACUUGCCCAUUUUAUAUUUUAGGAAAUUGAGUCAAAGAGAAAAUAGGGACUCUGGAUAAGUAGAGAAAGCCACCGCUUGCAGUGCUGGCAUUCCAUAUGGGUGUUGGUUUGAGUCCCAGUUGCUCCAGUUCUGAUCCAGUUCCCUGCUAAUAAUCCUGGGAAAGCAGCAGAAGAUGGCCCAAGCCUUUGGGCCCCUGUACCCAUGUGGGAGACCUGGAUGAAGCUCCUGGCUCCUGGUUUUGGCUUGGCCCAGCCACAGCCAUGGCAGUCAUUUGGGGAGUGAACCAGCAGAAGGAAGACCUCUCUCUCUCUCUUUCUCUCCCUCACUCUCUCUCUCUCUCUAUGCCUCUACCCUCCUUCUCUAUAACUCUGACUUUCAAAUAAAUAAAUAAAUCUUAAAGAAAAAAAAAAAAGAUAAGACCUCACCCAGUCCAACACAGAUAAUAAGGAACACAAUAGAACUUUUAACUACAGCACUCUGAUGCCAGGGGCCAAUUCCAAGGAAUAAUUAGUGGCCACAAUUAGAUCCAUUAAAAUAUGAGCUCUGCCCACUAGAGAUAAGUAGCAGGACCUAGAAUCCAGGCUAGCCAAGGAAUUUCCAGUCCCUGAAACCCCAGACAGUGUUACUGGUAGCAUUCCUUUGCUUCUGCCGCCUGUUGAAGGAAGGAGUUAGAUGAAUGUACUUAGGGAUGACAGAUUUCAACUCUGAUGUUUAAAAAUAGGCCAGCGCCGCGGCUCACUAGGCUAAUUCUCCACCUUGUGGCGCCAGCACACCAGGUUCUAGUCCCGGUCAGGGCGCCGGAUUCUGUCCCGGUUGCCCCUCUUCCAGGCCAGCUCUCUGCUGUGGCCAGGGAGUGCAGUGGAGGAUGGCUCAAGUACUUGGGCCCUGCACCCCAUGGGAGACCAGGAGAAGCACCUGGCUCCUGCCAUCGGAUCAGCGCGGUGCACCAGCCACGGCGGCCAUUGGAGGGUGAACCAAUGGCAAAGGAAGACCUUUCUCUCUGUCUUUCUCUCUCACUGUCCACUCUGCCUGUCAAAUAAUAAUAAUAAUAAUAAUAAUAAUGAUCUUAUGGCUUUAUGAAAAUAAAGGAGUUCAUAAAAGCCCAAGCCCAGAAAAAGAAGCUUGAGAAACUACUUAAUUUUGAUUCUGAUUUACAAAGUCAAACUUUAUACAUGUGCAUGAAUACUGAGAUUAUAAAAGAAAAAUUAGUUAAUGAAUAUGAGCCCCUCCCAUGCCACUCUGGACUGAGAGAUGACCUUCAUACUUUCAUUUCCUGUGGAUAUGAGAAUGUGUGGUUUAUUUGGACUCAUGGCCAAGGGACCUUAAAGGUCAUCUUUCUUUGUGACUACAGCAAAACUUGAAAAAACAGAAAGGUCAGCCCCAAUAUCUUGCCAUUUUCUUUUUGACAGUUGGAGACAAAAUGAGACUCAAAAAGAAAUCAUUGUGACCAAAGACAGAGAAAUCAGACCACCAAAAAUAACGUGGUUGUAUUCACCCUCACACAAGCAGCAAUAAAUAAAUAUUUGGGGUAAUCUAAAGAAUCUGAUGUUUGUAGUAACAGAGAAGUCUAAACUUUGGGGGAAGGAUUUCUUUUUUAAAGAAAAAUUGUAAACAUUUUAGCCGUAUUAAUAUGAUAGGAUCUAUGACUGUCUCUCUACCAAAAAUCGGAAAAGGAGGUUUCAAUGCGUCUUUUCCUCAUUGUAUCUUUUAUGGAAGCCACACCUGGAGAUUGAUUUUAGCUGUUUCAGUGUAAAAUGAAAUGAGAGGUCUAAAAUGAAAUACUUGGGAGCUCAAAUGAAACAGAAAGAUUGGAACAUCUCAACUUAUAUUUUUAUGGGAAAACAAUUCACAAAGCUAUCUAUUGUGAUAAAAAAUAAGAAUCAAGAUGUAGCUAGACAAUUUCCAGGGAAAGCAAUUGGUUUUUGGCAGUCCAAAUGGACUGAGUUCAAAUAGAGAGUUUCCUGGGGCCAGUGCUGUGGUGUAGCAGGUAAAGCCACCACCUGCGAUGUCAGCAUCUCAUACAGAUGCUGGUUCUUGUCCUGGCUGCUCCACUGAUGAUCUAGCUCCUUGCUAAUGGUCUGGGAGAAGCAGUGGAGGAUGCUGAACUGUUUGAGCCCCUGGCACUCACAUGGAAGACUGGAUGAAGCUCCUGGCUUCUGGCUUCUGGCUUCAGCCUGGCCGGUGCUGGCUGUUGCAGUCAUCUGGGUAGUGAACUAGCAGAUGGAAGAUAUCUGUGUGUGUGUGUGUGUGUGUGUGUCUGCCUCUCUCUCUGUAAUUAAUAAAUAAAUCUCUAAAAAUUGUAACAAAUAAUUAAAUAAAGGAUUUUCCUCUUAAGUUAUUUAAUAUCUCUAAUAGUAAAUUUCUCCAUCUAUAUGAAGAGUAUAACUCCUUUAUAAACUUACAAAUAAGGUUUAUAUAUCAAGUGUUUGUAAAUCUCCUGAUAUUCCCUUUCCUUCAUUGCCUCCUUCCAUUUUAUUGAUCUUCCUAAAACCAGAAAUGCCUUGUGCUAACAAACCUUCUUCCACUGAAAGAAAUUUCUCAGCAGAGUUCCCAAAGUCCUAAUACAGCAUUAUCUAUCAGAAUGACAGUAUAAAAUGACCAUUGGAUCUUAUUUGCAACAUAUAUAAACCUUACAUGGAAAAUAUUUUUAAAAAAUUAUGAUUCAUUUGCGGUAUACUUGCUGCAACAUUUUUUGAUGUGUAAUUCAUAAGAAAACACUUUGGAAUUUUUUCUUUGUGUGGCAUGACAUCUCUAAAUUUACUGAAGCCACAGCUUACCACUUGAAAUAAAAUUAACAUGUAAGGUCUGGAUUUUCAUUGUUUUCGUAGCAUAGAGAAGUGGAAAUGAAAUUAAAUCAUGUUAAAAGAGCAAAAAAUUUCAUACAAGUGGCAUACAAACAACUUGUUUUUUCUCUGGUAGCCAAAAAGUUGAUAUCCAGAACCUAAAUUUCUACAUCUGAUUUUCAAUUCAGUAGAAAAUUUUUAAAAUUACUACUUAUCUAAACCAGUAUCAAGUCCUUUUUGAAACAAAGUGAAUGUAAACUUUCAUUUUUUUUUUAAUCUGGGAGGUGGGGGUGGUGGAAGGUGGACGUGGAGAGAUCAUCCAAGUGCUGGUUCACUCCCCAAAUGCCUGCAAUGGCUGGGGCUGGGCUGGCACUGGAAUCACAAGCUAGGAACAUAAUCUAGGUUUCCAAUGUGGGUGGUAGGAACCCAAUUACCUGAACCAUCACUGCUGCCUCCCACUGGUCUGCAUUAGCGGGAGACUUGAGUCAAUAGCUAGAGCUGGGACUUGAACACAAACACUCUGAUAUGAGAUACAGACAUCUUAACUGCUUGGCCAAUGUCCACUCCUUAAAUUGUAAAUUUUCCAAAAUACAUGAUGCACAGGGAUAUGCAAGAAUCACACUAGACAGUGAGUACUUUGCAAACACAGGACGCCAAUUUCUUCUUUUAAGGCAUUCCCAACCUUAGAGAAAUCAACUAAUUUCAUUUUGUCAUUUGACUUUUAGCCAUAUCCAUUUUGUGAGCUAAAGGGACAGAAGCGAUAUUUGCACUCCCAUAAGCUUUACUAAAGGUCUCGAGUUUUUGGAAGAUUUUUUUUAUGGUAGGAAUAACACUUGAGAGCUACCCACUUAACAAAUUUUAAUCCUAUAACAAUAUACUGCUAUUAACUCUAGGUACGAUGUUGUACAGCUUAUGUCUAGAAUUCAUUCAUCCUGCAUAACUGAAACUUUUAUACCCAGUGAAUAGCAACUGUACCCAUUGUCCCCUCCUUCUAACCUCUAGUGAGACACAGCUCACUCUCUGCUCCUGUGAGUUUGACUAUGUUAAAUACUUCAUAUAAAUAGAAUCAUGAGCUCUUUGUAGUUUUGUACUUGGAUUUCUCACUAAAAGAUGGGUUAAUAGUAACCUCAUUAAAUAACUGCUUUAUAGAACCCCAUAUAAGAUUGAAUCUAUCACUCAAAGAUCUAAAAGAAAUUACAGCAAAUUAUGUUUUAUUUGGUCAUUUAUAUACUGUGCAUGUGAACAGACAUAGUGUAACUGUAGUGGAUAUGCAUAUAUAUAUACUCAUAUAUAUCAUCUGCAUAUGCAUAGCAUUUUAUAAUCAUAAUGCCAUUUUCUUUUGUUAUAUUGCAUCAACUUUGCUGUGUAGUUCACUACCACAUUAUUUUUCAUUUCAACCACAGCUGCAUCAUUGCUGCUGCCAGAAUCUCUGUUUUUUUUUUUGGAGAAAAUAUACAAUUUAAAAUUGUUUUUUUUCUUU